AUGAUUCAGUUCUUAGGUCAGGUCUGCUCCCACGCAACAGGCACCACACAAACAUCGGAUAUGGCUUCACCAAUUUGCACGACGCCUGGUCUCUCGACCAUACCAACUGAACUACUCGACGGCAUUGCGAGCUACCUUGACUGUUCAGCGCUGCUUGCACUUUCCCUGUCCUGCAAGAGCGGAAACGUUUCGGCGAACAUUGUACUCUACAGAACUUACGUCAAUCUGGAGCCGCCCGCCAAAGCACCAAUGUACCUGUUUCUACGAACUAUCUGCGAGCGACCUGAUUUUGCGGAAAAAGUAAGGGAAGUCAAUGUCCGUGGCUGGAGAUUUGAGUAUGAAGUUGCAAUCGGUGCAGCCUGGAAGGGCAUGACGAUCCAAAGUGAGCACAGUGCGACUCAGCAGGAGCGAAAGGGACCCUUAUAUGCCAACAAAGACAAAGCCGGUCGCACGACACACGUACAGAGGACUAAGAUCUUCCUCGAUGCGGCUGUCAUGAGCGGGUUGAUCACCAGGCCGAAAGAGGAGACUAUCCCGGCGUUGAAGAAAAGCGCAGUGUGGUACACUUCUCUGAAAGAGGACGCUGAUUUAAUUCGUCUUAUCGGCCGCGGCGUGGAGGAUGCACAUGCCCUACUGAUGAUUGGACUGCUACCUAGGCUCCAAGUCCUCCAGGUAGAUGGACUCAGCCCAUACCCUUUACUUGAUUGGCAUCAUUUCUUGUCACGCUCAACCACCGCUCUUCGUGCCCUACGCAGCCUUAGCAUAUACGGGUCCACCACAAAGAUCUCGGAGCCAAGUGCAUCCUCCACGCUACAGUUCCUGGACAUGACGCCCAGUUUGGAGUGCUUGGAAUUAGGGGACAUUGCCAUAAAGGGACACCACCUUAGCAUUGCACAUCUCCCAUCCAAGACCCUCUCGAGAAUCUGCUGCAUGAACGCCGCCAUGGAACUACGGCUGCUUGCUAAGAGAUUGAGCGGACAGCGAAUCGUGCGUCUUCUGCUCGUUCCUGGUCCUCGACAGACGAAUAUUGUCUCUCGAUCUACUUUCUCACUCUCGGACAUCAUGCAGCUAAUCAGUGCCUCAAAGUCAACCUUGACCCACCUUGUGCUUUACCCCAUACGCCCCUCGACUGAAGCGACAAAAUUGAGAGAGUUUGACCGUGUCCAGAACCUAGAGUCGGUCCUACCAGGAUUAUUGGAUAUGGUUCCUGGCAUGUUGGACCCAGAGACGAUUGCGAACGGGCUGCGUAAGCAGAUACCCAAGUUGACAGAGUUGUCGUUGCAUUACCUGUCAUACCAGCUACAAACCAAGAUCGUAUUGGAGCAGUUGACGCAAAUCAAAGUCGACGGCCUACUUCCGGCCUUGGAAUUGGUCCGACUCCACUUUGAUCGUUCGGAGCCAUCGUUCGCAAAUGUCUUUUCGGGGCUCGGUUUUGGAGUGGACUUCCGACUGCCUGAUAUAGAACAACCGGUCCGUGAGGAUGUUGGAGAAUUGUUCUCCAAGGCAGGAAUCAAGUUGGAGAUGUGUGUAGAAGGCUGA